CUACAUUGUCCCCAGCAAUUGUCACUGACCAGCGAGGUGUGCAGGACUUUAAUUCUAUUACAGGGCCACAUUAUGACCAUUACUUAUAUUAAUUCUACCACUUAUUAUGGAAAAAUUAUUGUGUGUAUGAGAUAUUAUAAGAUGUUAUGAGAUAUUAGUGACAACAAUGGGACUAGACUGAACUAUUAAUCGUACGGGAGAGAUACAUAGAAAGGGAGCGAGCGGAGGAAUUCGGAGUGACAGUAUGCCGGAGUGACGAUAUGCCGGGCUUCAUUAGGACUUUAUUAAUCUGUGUAGUUUUAGUAGUGAAUAUAUCUUAUCAACUAACAGAUGGCGCCUGUGAAUUUCCGCCGGAUCUGCGCGGAGACUGGUACACGACCAGCAAUGGAUUGGUGACGUUUUCUAAUGACAGCAUCAGUAAUUUCAAGAGUUUGAUCCACCCCUCCACUCACACCUACAACUGUGAAUACAUUGAUAAUGGGCGAUACAUCACCAGAGCCCGUAUACCUAUCCUUAGCACCAGCAACUAUGAUGUGUACUUCUGUAUGUCCUUCACGAAAAUCACAGAAACUAAAUACCUAGUCCAGUAUAAUUCAGACAUGGCGGGGUUUGUGAAUGAGCGUGUGGUUGGUGUGUCCGUGCAGUCUUCUACCACGACCCUCCUCCCCGUGGGUGAGGCCUGUAACCUUACUACAUCCGUACCCACGGGUACUCAGGAAGUCUACGUCAAGAAAGGCAACGAAUCAUCUAACUUUAUAACCUGCCCCGAGAGUGUGGCCAGCAUCCUUGACAUGACCUUAAACUCUGGUUGCUAUGGGAACGUCAUGGAUGGAAUGUCAUACCCUAACUACCUCAUUCAUAGUUACAACAGCUCAUGCGCCUCAACUCAGUAUACAUUUACAACCAGUGGUAACUUGAGUUGCAUGUAUUCGGCGAUGUCCGGGGCCAGCACGUACCUUACGGUAUAUAACCUUGACACCACGACUGAUGAAAUCAGCACGUACAGAUUCUUUUGUUACGUUAUUACUAGUGGCAAUGAUCAGGUAUACCUCACAUAUCACCCCAAGAUUUGCCAAACUGACCAGACCUCUACCUAUGUGACGUCACCAGGUGUCAUUGCCUAUCUUGUGGAUCGAUAUAAGGACGCAGCUCCCUCUGACGACGAGGUGCCGAUUGGAGUAGUAGCCGGAAUACUGGUGCCGAUUGUGCUUCUCCUUGGCAUGGUCCUUUUUAUCAUAUACUGGAAAAUAAAACAUCGACAAAAAAUAAAUCAUGAGUUAGAACUAGCAGCCAGGAGGAACUGGAAAAAAUUAGCCGAAAAAUUUACUCCAAAGACAAAACACACGGUAGAAAAGGCUGAGAAUAGUUCCAAAAUGGGCAAGAAAAAGAGGAAGAAAAAGAAAAAGAAAGGUCGCAAAGAAAACUGCGAGAAUCAAUCUGUGCAUUCCCAUACGGACUCUAGAAGGCGUUCAGUAUGGUUUGAUGAUUUUAACAACACCAUCGAAGAAAUACAGGAACCUCAGCCAUGGCAGAGACAGUGGGAAGCAUUUAAUGACCCUCUCAACAAACAGACGUAUGAUGAUGAUAGAGGGACUCCGAAUACGGCGCGUAGUAUCUCGAGCGUCCAGAAAAUAUGGCUCAACCCAGAUAACACAGAGAAAGUGGAAGUAGAGUCAACGUGGGAUAAUGUUGCUAACUUUUUGGCAAACAUUCGAAAGCGUCCCAAACAGGAGGAUUUCCUUCAACCGCAAUGAAAAAUGUAAAAGAUUGAACAACUCUAUCCAGAAUAUUGCGAGAACGUUGUACUUUGAGCUGAGGCAAAACAAAUCGAGUGUAGUAUUUCUGUUAUAUAAGAACUCAAAGAGAAUGACCUUUAAAGAUUUUGACCAUCUUGGGUUUGACAGGGCUGGUGUAACAACAUUGCCUGGAAUAUGGACAUAUAGAUCCUUUUUGUAAAUAAAUAUAUACAUACUGAAAAUGGUAUCGUUUAGAUACUGACAUUAGAAAUAAAAAGCGACAAUACUGGUAAUAGUUGAUAUUGUUUUAAAAAAUAGUAUCAGAAAAAUAAAACCAUAUUAAUAAAUCCGUUUUUUAUUUUCACACAAUAAAGUAGAUUAAGACACAA